UACAUGUACGACUGUACAGUACCGUUACCGUCGUCGACCGUCGACUCUCCCUCUUCCCUUGUACAGAUAUAUAGGUAAUACCACCCAGCUAGCCGGCUAUACGGUAGGCAUUGCCUCAUUCCAUCAGCUAUUGAGCAGUGAAGACAUUGCCUCAUCAGAUCAGCAGGUGCUUUGAAGGAGUUUGGACGUCCUUUUUAUUAUAUCAUAAUGGAAUCCUACCCGGAAGAUCUUCUUGUGGGAGUCUUCCCUUUGGUAUUCGCUGUCAAUGCCAUUGUUGAACCUGCAGCAGCCGACGACAGCAACGCUGAAUCACCUCCAUCCAGAACUGAUUUUGAUCGUUUUCUGGAUGCUGUAGCUGGAUCUUUGGCCGACGAGGACGACGCGGAAGACAGCAAUGUUCAAUUGGAAUUCCAGCCCAUCGUCCCCAUUGAAACUCCAACCAGCAGUCGCAAUGUAUCUAUGUUUCGACCAGAUGAUUACGACCUUGGAGACUCCACAGAUGAUGAUUUGCUCAUGGAUGAUACCGACGUUUCUACAGGGCUUCCAGGCGCUGCCAACAGCAUCAAGAGACGAACUUCCUCGGGCGCCAAUUCGCUUCGACUAUAUGCAGGAUUUGGUCUCACACGAAGGUCACUUGCAUCAGGCGGCACACACAGUACCAGCAAUACUAGCUAUGCCAAAGCAUUGCAGCAAGGUCAGGGCUUCUUUCAGAGAGCCAGAAUUCAAGCAAUUCAGCCGGACCACGCAUUUCCUACGUCCAAAGAUCCAGAGGGCACGCAAAACAUUACUUCGGCGCUCCGCCAAGCCAAAACAUCAGCGAAAAAGGCAAAAGAAAUCUUCACGGACCGUCCAAUUCUAGGCAUACUCCCGGCUCGGUGGCUACAAAAACAUGUCUCUUCGCUUCCCAGUGUCGUCAUGGUGGUCGUCAAAUUCUCCUUGAACAAUCAGGGAGUCCAAGACACUCGAUUACUCAACACUGUCAAAAGCCUCCACAGACACUUGGCCCCCAAACGAUCCUGCAAAAUCCAUAUUGUCGUAUUAGUGGAUGACAAAAUCAUGGCCAGCCAAGCCCAGCAAUGGGGAGUAGAUAUCUCACGACAAAUCGAAACUAUCAUGACCCUCAACAGCCAACAACAAGAUUCUCAUCAAGUCACCCUCCUCAGGGCUGGCAAGGACUUGUCAGGAACAGAUGGCUUCCCCACUAGCGUUGCACUCAAGAGGCUUCACAGAUCCGUCAGAGACUCAAGUCUAACGUACUAUCAGGAUUAUACUCGGCGGACAAAAGACAAGCUUGCAACUCUGUCCGACGGAGCCAAGAGGAGAAUGACGGGGGGGAAGCAGCAUCGCCCACAGCCACCCAAGGAACUGCUUCCGCUGGCGAUUCGAUACUGCUUCAAGAUUGCAAUGUAUUAUGAGUUUCAGCUCAAGUUUGAACAGUCCCUUAGGUACAUGUCUGAAGCGUACAAGCAUGCUCGAGUCUAUUAUCAUCAUUUGAUCCGUCUCUCGACGAGAGGAUCUGAUCUCAGCGAUGAAGAAGACGACAGGAUUUUCAUGGAGGAUGCUAGGCCAAUCUCAGCCACUAGCAUGUCCAUAGGAGAAGCGGAAGAGAUGGGAACUGGAGGAACGGAGGUGCAAAUCGACAACACUUCGCAAUGGAGUGCAGGGAUUCCACCGCCACCCAACGACAUGGCUCAUCAGACAAUUGUCGUGGCAGACUGGCUCAACUUCAAGUUGCUUCAGGCUGGAUUUGGUUCUCACACCGAGGCGGGUCUUCUUGCGGCGGAUGGGCAGUGGCGGCAACACACGAGAUGGUUCUGUGCGAGAAGAUUUUUGGGUGGACACCCAAUCAUGGCAGAGGAGUGGUACUUUUAUGCCUACAUAGCCCGUCAAAGGUUGGUGACGAGCCAACUAGUCGAAAGGCACCCGCCAAAGGCGUUGGGUGACCUAGGGAAUGAGUACGAUGAAGUUCUGUUGCGCUGUGCGCCGUGGCGAGCCUAUGAAGCGGCUGCUGAAGCAUUAUUAAAGGUCGGCGUCUACGUACGAAAAGCUCUUGCCAAACAGGGAAGCAGCGGAGCUGCUGUGCAGGUAAAGAAUGACAGUGCUUCUCCGUUUGUUGGGGGGCUCGACAAUGCUGGACUCGGGCCGCUACUAGAAGCACACAAGAAGGAAAACCACAAGGCCAAAGCCCUUGAAUUGACUAUUCGAGCUAUAUCUUUGUUUGAGCACGAACUUAAUAAGGAAAAGCCAAAGGAUGCGGACGACCAAUCGCACUACCCGACAUGGUCGCGUUUUGGAGCCAGGCUGCAGUAUCUGGCAGGAGGUAUUCUUGUGAGUACACAAAAGUACGGGGAAGCGAAGUUUCACCUGGAGCAAGCUGCAACCUUUGCAAAGGGCUGGACUAGUCUUGAGUCAUCCAUUCGUCGCCUUCUCGCAGAGUGCUACGUGAACGCCACCCCGUCAGAACCCAUAAAAUCUGAAGCUGGGCCAAAGAUGUCAUCACUUGUGCUGGAAGCUUGCCUCUACUCCAAGAUGUCACCUGCCGUUGCAAUGCGUUCUCUUCAGCAGUGCAGUGCUGCAGCAGGGGCCGCCUCAAUUCAAUGGAGUUGCCAGACGUUGAACGAGUUUGAUGGCAGCCUUCCUUUUUCUUUCUCCGUUACCUUCCCCGGCAGAACACACGCAACAACUGGGGAUACAGUGCAGGCUUCGGUGUGGCUCAAGUCCAACCUGGACUAUGCAGUUGCCAUGAAGUCCAUCGGCUUUCUACGUAUGGCUGGUCAACCGCAAAUUGCGGUUCCCUUGAAGGAUUUUGUUUCUGGAUCGAAAAGUUACACUGUGAUUCCAGCCAAAGAAACUCUGACGUUUUCUACGAAGAUCAAGUUGCCUAAAAAACUUGAAGAGAUCUCCCUUGACGACGAACCCGACAGCAAACAGGGCAAAUCGUCUUCGAGCAAAUCUGCGAGGCCUCGGACGGCGGGGAUCACGUCGGCGGCUGGGUCUCGUCUGAUCUCUGAGGAGCGAAAUCGAAAGAAGCCUCGAAAUAGCAAUGCGCAGUGGAGUUUGGACUUCUUGGGGGGGAAGGCAGUACGGUGUGACGCAAUCACCUUCAAUUUCUGUCCCCUGGAAUCCGAAAAAGACGCUAGCAGGCUCGUUGUGACCGCAAAGUCCAUCGAGCUGACUAUCGAGAAGAUUAAACGAAAGCAUCCAGCGCACCUGAAGCGCACCCCGUUCGAAGAGGAUAACUACGUUGCUUCUGCGUGGUGUAGGCCUCUACACAUGCCACUCCCCAAUGGUCCUCGAUGUCUACGGGCUCUUGCGCCAAUGCCCGACAUGCAGAUUUCAAAUCUGACACAAUCUGUUUCCAAAGGGAAAGCAGUAGAAGGAACGGUCAACCGUAUUUGCCUCAAGUUGGAGGCAGGAGGCGAUGAGCGUUGCGGUAAUAUCAAGUACAAAAUCAAGUGCACCAGCUCGUUUGAAGCUAGCGAUGGGACAACGAAGCGGUUGACCGAGAGCGAUUCAUCCGAAGAAAACACCGUCUCCAUGAAGGCCCCUGAUGUUCGCGCUCCUGUCCUGGUAGUGGACUCAUCGAGCACAGCAACGAGCCCGGCUGGAGACUACGGAUUCGACCUCCCAGGUGGAUGGAAGUUGAGCUCUUCAGGCCAGGAAACGGAAGGAGAAGUGACCAAGCCAGCGUCGUUAGCUCCCCGCGAGUCCACUUACAUCUGUUUUCAGUUGUACCGGGCUGCCGAAAAGGCCGCUGGAACGUCUGGUACCGGGGACCAAGCUGACUUCACGCUGUGUCGCACAGACUUUGAGGUGAUUGUUACGUACAAACAGGAGAAGAGUCGGACCGAGACAACACAGCAGUCAGGCGAUACCGGCACAGUUGUUACUACAAGAGUCUCUGAAGAUGUAUCGCAAAAGUUUACGGGUGCAAUGGUUUGGACAAAAUCAAUUGUGGCAACUUACGAUUUCCCAGCAAAGAGCGCCAUCCCUUGUGGCGGGCGACAUCCUUCCAAUCUAGCUGACAUCGCGAGACCGGUGGACUCCCAUGUUUUAUCCAACGUACCGCUGGUUGACGGUCAGCGGGUCUGCGUCAGAAGUAUCUUGAAAGCGAACACAUCAGUCGAUGAGUUUGCCUUUGAGAUCGUGAGCAUUCGGAGCGAGAAUGAAGAAAGCAAAGAAUCUUGCUUGGCCGUGACCGCAUCCGAGAGUGACAAUCCAGAAUCUUUGUAUCGCACCCAAGCAGGUGACCCGACUCGUUGGCUGAAGAAACAAUCCAAGUUUUGCCUUGUCUACAGCGUUAAGACUGACCUCACCGACAAUCAUCAAAGUGCAACCUCGUCGCUGGGCGCUGUUGCUCUCGAUUGGCUUCCAAUCAAAAUUGAAUUGCCGGAUGAAGCCAAGUCAGCUUUGAGCAUCGAUCACCACGGCCCUCUUGUUCUAAAGUCCCCGCCCGCAGCAAAGUUUCGUGGCCCCAUGUCGUAUGUGGAGAAGACCCCUUUCAAGGUUUCGUUUCAUUGCGUCCCGUGCAUCCCGCGUGCAUCGGUUCCGUUCGAGGUGAAUUAUCGCGUCACGAAUGACACGAACUUUCACCAGAGGCUCUCCGUUGCAUUGGAUAGCCCCAAGGGGAAGCCGCAAGUCUUGACAUGCGGCAUUGUUUCAGGUGACUUACGGCUUGCACCCCACGAAACAAAAGUGGUGUCGUAUACCGCCAUUGCGACGAAACCAGGGCAGUGUGCGUUGCCGUCUGCGUAUUUUGCAAGUACACGCUACAAUUCCUGGGUUGUGAAUGAAGGGCUUGAGAAUCAGCGCCAUCUUUGUGUUGUCCCUUGAGGUUUCUCGCCGGUAGACAGUGGAAUCAUGGUAUCAGCUGGUACUAGUAGUCUACCGUAGCUUAGUAGUUAGGACACUCAUAAAGUCUCUCCAAUGGCGUACCGGUACUGUACUAGUCUAGUAGUCUAUUACAAUGUAGUCACACCAUUUUGAAUUUCGAGAAGCUUGCCGAGGAGAUGACGAUGUUGGUUGUCAAAAUUUAAAAAAAUGCGGGAAAAUUUAAAAGCUACAGUAUGUGCAAUUGUGGGG